AGCGUUGCCCCUGACUUCCCCUCCUCCUCACGGCCCUCCUCCACGACCGGUGCUCCACGGCGGCGGCGCGAGCCGCGCAGCGAGGGCAUUCCUACUUGAAGUGAGCUUCCGCACCCGGGAAAACAAAAAGGCAGAAUGGGAGGAGCAGGAGGGGGAGGAGGAGGCGGAGGAGGAGGAGGAGGAGGAGGAGGAGGAGAAGGAGGGACGAAAUGCAUUGCCCACAGAAGAAAAACGCAGCCCGCACUACAGCAUUCAGCAUUUUGAAUUAGCGGUGGUGCUCCUGGCGCGAUUGGCAUUGACCAAAUCAGCGGCCACCGCCGCUGGCGGCCGUGAAAACACGUGCCUCCAUCAGGGGUGAACGAUUGGAAGGCGCAAGACGGAGUAAGAGAAGAAGAGAGAGAGAGAGAGAGAGAGAGAGAUGGAAAAGAGGACAGAGCGAAACGGAGAAGGAGAUGGGGAUGAAGCGGCCACCACGCAGCGUGCGCGGAUCCGAAAACAUUUGCAAGUGCCUCAGGCACGAUACUCGUACUCGACGGAGAGGCGGGCGGCUCUUGGCCCUGCUCCGGAGGAGAAUUUAAUCAUCAGCGGCCCACUGGAGGAGGAAUAGGAUGAUAAGGAUCGCCGGCAUCUACGGCGCCAGCAGCCUAGCGCAGGGACAAGAGAGCGUCUCCUAAAAAAUCUGAUCAUCGAGUCCCGAGUGGCGAACUUCGCAAAGAUGCUGUACAUGGGCGCAGCUCGGAAUCGCCUGCUGCUGCGACUCGUCCGCAGGCCACCUCGAGCGGCGACCUGCGAGCGAGAGGCGAGCGCGCCACCGAGGAGCGCGCACCUCGAUCUCAAUUCCGCGAGGAGCCCCCGAGCUGAGCACGACGCUCUCGACGAAUGAAGCGGGGGCCGCCGAGGACACACUGCCGCCGAGCAGCGCGUGUGAAAACAUCGCCGCUCCUCCUCCUCCAAC